CUCUCAUCUAAUUUAUUCUGCCUUCAAGUACAAAUUGACUGAACCUAACUGAGGGUUGCUUCUAUCAUCUGCCACUGAUUCAAAUAACAUCCAUCAUGCAGCUGGGUAAACUUGAUGAACGUAUUCAUGUCAUGGAUGCCAGUUCAAACGUCUGGAGCGUCAUAAAGGAUAUCGCAGAGUCAGGAGUCCAAGAGGAAGCAUUCUACGUCUGUGACAUUGGUGACAUAAUAAGCAGACACAAGGAAUGGAAAAUCAAAAUGCCAAGAGUCCAGCCAUACUAUGCGGUGAAAUGCAAUGAUAGCCUCACUGUGAUUGAGGUUCUGGCUGCACUUGGAACUUGCUUUGAUUGUGCUUCAAAGGCGGAAAUUGACAGAGUUGUUUCUGUUGGUGUCGACCCAAGCCAUAUUAUUUUUGCGAAUCCUGCAAAACCUGGAUCGCACAUUCGCCACGCAGCAGCUGUAGGUGUUGAUCUGAUGACUUUUGACAGUGACUGUGAGCUACACAAAAUCAAAACCCUAUUUCCUACUGCCAAGCUGGUGCUACGUAUGCGGUAUGAUGCUGCCGUUGCACAAUGCCAGCUUGGGAAUAAGUUUGGAUGUGACCCAGACUCCGAUGCACCACGCCUUAUGAAACUGGCUCAGUCAUUGGACCUAGACAUUGUGGGCAUCAGUUUCCACGUCGGCUCUGGCUGUGACGAUCCACCAGUAUUCUACAAAGCCAUUUCUGCCGCUCGAAGACUUUUUGAUCUGGGGUCUGCUCUUGGGUUCUCCAUGAGUUUACUUGACCUUGGUGGUGGCUAUCCUGGCAACAAGGGUGCCCAUUUAGACAAGAUUGCAGAGGUGGUGAACAGUGCCCUCGGAGAGUUCUUUCCUGAACCAGAUGUUCACAUAAUUGCAGAACCAGGACGUUAUUAUGUUGCCUCAGCUUAUACUCUUGCUACAAAUGUUCACUCCAAGAGAGAUCUUAUCAACCCAAAGGAUGGGUCCAUCACAUCAGUCAUGUACUAUGUAAAUGAUGGAGUGUACGGCAGUUUUAAUUGCAUUCUCUAUGAUCACAUGAAAGUGACACCAGUGCCUCUCAAAGCAGCUGGACUUGAAAUGCGUCCGUGUUCUGUCUGGGGACCAACUUGUGAUGGCCUGGAUCAAAUAGUUGAAUCUACUUUGCUGCCGGAGAUGGAUAUAGGAGACUGGUUGAUUUUUGAGAAUAUGGGUGCUUACACACUGCCUGUGGCGUCUCCAUUCAAUGGCUUCCCUGUUCCCAAAGUGCAUACUGUGAUUGACGUCCAAGGCUGGCUGCUACUCAGGGACCGACUACCGAUGACGGAGAAUCAUUUUGUUAUUGGAAACACGCCAGCAAAUCUACACCUGGGUCUAUCCAUAGAUGGUCAAGGCAACAUUGAUGAGUGGGAUGAAGUUCACAUGCCUGUUUCAUCUUCUGAUGAUGAGAUUAUGGAUGAUCACACGUCACAUUCAACUGUGGGCUCAAGCAUCACAUAUCCAUUCCUUCAGAUGGGACAAGUUAAUUAG